CCGGGGUGGGGUGGGGCAGGAUGCUGGAUGGCCCGUUAUUCUCCGAGGGGCCCGACAGCCCCCGGGAUCUCCAGGAUGAGGAGUCGGGCAGCUGCCUCUGGGUGCAGAAGUCCAAGCUGUUGGUGAUUGAAGUCAAGACUAUUUCCUGUCAUUACAGUGGUCGCGUCCCUUCUCGACAGUCCAUGGACAUCCAGGCCAGCUACUGGGCCCGUGGGCCCCAGAGCCGCACGUGUAGGCUGCGCCCGGGAUCCCCGGAGCCGCCACCCCGCCGACCCUGGGCCACCAGGGUGCUGCAGGAGGCGACCAACUGGCGGGCGGGGCCCCUCGCCGAGGUCCGAGCCCGGGAACAAGAGAAAAGGAAAGCGGCGUCGCAGGAGCGGGAGGCCAAGGAGACCGAGAGAAAAAGGCGCAAGGCUGGCGGGGCCCGACGGAGUCCCCUAGGUCAGCCCCGCCCAGAGCCCCGGAACGCCCUUCGGGCGGCCCAACCAACCGGGUUCCCAGUUUUCUCCAGACCUGAGCGCUUCGGGCAGGUGGGGCGAGCGCCCCGUCCAUCCGCGCUCCCGCAGAGUGACCCAGGGGUGGCGUGGGCGGGGCCAUGGGGAGGUAGGAGACCAGGGCCCCCUAGCUACGAGGCUCACCUGCUGCUGAGAGGCGCUGCAGGCACGACCCCAAGACGCCGCUGGGACCGGCCGCCACCCUAUGUGGCUCCACCUUCUUACGAAGGCCCCCACAGGACCCUGGGGACUAAGCGAGGCCCCGAGCUCUCCCGGGCGCCCACCUCAUCAGUCCCAGUUCCAGCCACCACCAGGACAGAGGCAGGGCGCACGAAGAAGAGGCUAGAUCCUCGAAUCUACCGGGAUGUUCUAGGGGCUUGGGGUCUCAGACAGGGACGGGGACUCUUAGGAGGAGCUCCAGGCUGUGCAGCGGCCAGAGCCAGGCCAGAGUCCUGCAAAGGGCCGAUAGAGAAAAGCUCGGGCCUAGCUGCUGCUGGCCUGAACAGUGGUGGCGACGGCCAUGCCCAAGCCAAAGCUACUGGCAGUUCAGGCACCGAGGCAGCUCCCGCUGGGUCUACCAUCCGCACCCCGCCAUGUCCUGCUCCCAGGUCCAGGCAGCACCUCAAGGGCUCAAGGGAAGGGAAUGAAAGAAGUGAAUGUAUUUGGCUUCCCAAGUCUUGGCUUUCCUCCCCUAAGAAGCCUCCAGUUAGACACAGCCAGACUCUCCCCAGACCCUGGGCUCCCGGAGGCACCGGGUGGAGAGAGUCCCUGGGUCAAAGAGAGGGGACAGAGCAUGAAACCCUGGACGUCUGGAAGGCGACCCGCCGCGCCCACACCCUGCCCCGCAGUUCCCGAGGCCCCUCUGGUAGAGAAGGCAUCUUUGUCAUUGACGCCACGUGCGUGGUGAUAAAGUCCCAGUAUGUUCCGACCCCUCGCACCCAGCAGGUGCAGCUCUUGCCCUCUGGGGAGCCGUGCAUUGUGAGCGACAGCCCCGGGCAACCCCAGCCCUGCCACGAGGAGGGCGAGGGGGUCAAGGCCAAUCCCUCAGCUUGCCAGAAGCUGCCGGUGAGCAGUCGUAUCUUAAACCAGCCGGGCGGGGGGCGCGAGUGCGAAGCUGAGGGCGGAGAGCAGGGGGAUUCUUCCCUGGAGGACCGCGCCUCCCGCGUUUUAGGGUUCCCUGUCGGCGGCGAAGCGAACCUGCGAGACGCCCCCACGCAGCCAGGUAGCCCUGAGCACCCGGCCUUGGGCCCAGCGGCUCCGGGCUGCGCGGGCGGCGGGAAGAGCUCGGAAGCGGCCGGGGUCCUGCGGCGCACGGGCGGGGGCUGGCCGCGGACUCCAGGACCCUACGCCGGGGCGUUGCGGGAAGCCGUGUCCCGCAUCCGCCGCCACACCGCCCCGGAUUCGGACUCGGACGAAGCCGAGGAGCUCAGCGUCCAUAGUGGCUCCUCUGAUGGAAGCGACACGGACGCCCCAGGCGCCUCCUGGCGGAAUGAGAGGACCCUGCCUGCGGGUGGAAACACCCGGCCCAGGGAAGGCGGGAAGACAGCCGGGCUGAGCGACCGUAUCCGGGAGACUCCAGAUGUCAUCGGUCAAACCGAGGAAGGCCUCUUCGGAGAGGACACCAGGAAAACGCCACAGGGGAAGCGAGAGAGAGAGUGAGCAGCGAUGCCCCUUUUCGUUCUCGCGUGGCUCGGCCCAUCCAUCCUUGGGCUCACCGUUCUCCUUUGCUCUCUACAGGCUUCGUUUGCUUCCCGUUUCUCCUUUCCCCACCUGUACCUGUUCCCACACUUGAAACAGAGGAAAGGAAAGAGAGGCGAGGCAGCCAUCGCCAAUCCAAGGGUUAGUUAGCUUCAGGGGAGAUGAGGGUAGGAUUCAACACCUGCUACAUUCGGGCGCUGCUGGCAAGCGAGCGGAGAGACAAGCCGAAGGGCAGGGACGGUGGCAGGCAUGAGGAAGCGAUGGUCAGGUCAGGGUCCCUAGCAGGAGAGAAAGAAGUCAUGGAGAGGCCUUGAGCCUAGUGACUGAGUGAUCAGGUGACAGGGGAGCUUUUGGCAGAGAAGGAAUGGAUGCACACACAACCAGCAAACCGGGCGAGGGCUGUCUUGGAUGUUGUAACUCUGCCACUGACUUGCUGGUGGACCUUAGGCUAACUGCUUUUGCACCCGAGCAUCCCGGAUUCCUGCAAAUGUAAAAUGAGCGAUUUCUGCCGCCCUGUUCUUCGGUCCCUGGGAAUUGGGGAAUAAGUGAAUAGAAUUUGAGGGCUCUUACCCACUUCACUCCUCCGCAGCGCGGAGGAAGACGGUCAAGGUUUUUCAGACUUAAAUGGACCAAGGGCUUCUAUCCCACCUUCCCAAGUUUAGGUGAGUGCUCCCCAAGGCAGAGCAGGAUCACCCCGGCCGGCCCUGUCACUGCCUCUGGCCUGUGGUGGACCAAGCUGGAGAGGGAAGGCAGCCAAUGAAUCAGCUUGGGACACUUUUAGGCCUUCCGCCUUUCCUCCCUCUCCGUGUCCUUCGUGAUGCUCUGAAGUGUCACCGGGAUUUCGCACGCCGCCGACGGUGUCGCCCACCUGAUAGGACCCCUCCCUGACAGUUUCUGCCCCUCUCCCGGAGAACAGCCAGGCCAAGGGGAAUGAGGGGCUGAUCUUCAGCAGCCGGUGCGGGGUGUGAUACUCGCUGGAGCCACUACGGGGCGCGCGCAGGUCGCGGAUUCCCCCGGUUGCUGGUGCUCGAGUGCCGCCCCUACACCAGCCGCACGGCCAGUUUUCGGGGUCCCUAGUCCCCCGGCGCCGGUUUCCCGCCUUGACACCUCCGAGCCUCCGCGCGCGGGGCCGGGAGCAGGCCUCCGGUCUCCCAGACCUCUGGGGCGCGCCGAGCCCUUCUUCGUAUUCAUCCACGCCGCCGCCGCCGACAGGCUUAAGACUGACGUUUAAGUCUUUUUUUUUUUUUUUUUUUUUUUUUCCUUUCCAACCUUGGGCACUUCCUCCGUGUCUGCCAUUGACUAGCCAUGUGACCUUUGGCCAAAUCACUUCACCUCCCUGAGCCUCAGUCUCCUCAUCUGUCAAAUGGGGGUUUAUAAACACCUACCUCGCAGGGUUGUUGUGAGGAUUUAAUGCGGUAAUGUAUAUAAGGCGCCGGGCACAUAGUCGGUGCCCAAUAAAUCUACUCCUCCCCUUUA